ACUACGUCCAUCUCCUUGUACGCCUACACGUACAUCUGCCAUUAAUUCCAUAGGGAUCCAUAUCUGCGUACUCCAAGGAGAAUCAUUUCCUCAGUCUAUAGAAGGUGGAGCUAAGAGCAGAGGGCUGACCUGACAAACUCAAACUCAAAGAAGCCGUGAACCAUUUACUCUGCACACUGAGAGAAUCACUGCCACACCUGAUACGGACCCUCUCAAAACAGGACAUUCCAACCUGAAUGACUUUGGAAAAAAGAAACACACGAGGAUUUAAACUGAAGACAUUGAGGAAACUUGUUUGGCAGGUUUUUUUUCUUCUGUUUUUAUCGGGUGAGACUUCAUGUGGGAAGUGAUUUCCUUGUCCGUUUAGAAAUACAGUACUUGUGCUCUAGAUGCAGAGCUUGUAAUUCAUAUUUGCUAAUUACCUGGCAAGUGUAUUUGACUAUUCAAAUGGCGGACGCUACUGCAACCAACCCAUGUAAUGACAUCUGUGUGGCCUCAAACAAGACACUGUAUAAAUUCUAUGCAGCUGUUACGAUUGUGAUUUUCAUCCUGGCUUUGCCUCUGAAUGCAUCUGUCCUCCACCUCUUCAUAUUCAAGCUGAAAUUCUGGAAAUCCAACUCCAAUAAUGUCUUCCUUUUCAACCUGGUGUUGGCUGACAUUCUCCUGAUCUUCUGUUUGCCCAUAAAGGCAUACUUCUACAUCCAAGGAGACAGGAGGAUUGUGGACGAAGCCUUUAACAAAGCUAUGCUCUUCAUGUUGUUUUUAAACCGAGGGGGAAGCAUUGCCUUUCUGACCAUGAUUUCCAUUGAUCGAUAUUUUCACGUGGUACACGUUGGCCGAAGGAAUCUCCUAAAAGUUCUCAAGAAAUCGGCUCUGAUCUCGAUCCUCAUCUGGCUGUUUCUUGUGCCUCUCACCAUCCCCACCAUGCUCAAGAAUUUUGAUUGCUGCCGCAUCACAAAUGAAGACAAGACAAUGAAGGAAGUCGACAUUAUACGAGAAUGCAUCUUCUUUACCAAGAUUGUCAUCCCUUUCAUCAUCCUGGUGUACUGCACGGUGCGUAUCGUCAACAAGCUGAAGAAACAAACAAUCGGGGAUACAACCAAGCUGAAGAGAGCAGUCUUUCUGGUAACAUGCGUCAUGGUGGUCUUCUCCUUCAGCUUCCUCCCUUGCACCAUAGCCAGGAUGGUUCUGCUGAUUGCACAGGAGGACAAAUUUAAUGUGGUCUCUGACGGCCUCAUGGUUCUCUCCUUCAUAAACUGUUUGCUGGAUCCGCCGGUCUACUGCUUCUCUAGCACCAAGUUUAAAGGUCUUUAUCUCUCUACUUAUUUCCCAUUCCUUAUAAAAAAAGUGCCAUUGCAAAACUUAAGGGUAAGCACAAUACAACGUCCGCGCAACGAUAUUAUUUGAUAUGAAUGGAAAAAGAGGCUGUUUGUCUGUGUAGUGACACAUGUCCAACCCAAAACGAUUACUACCUGAGACUGACAGUGUGUCCCAAAAAAAUCAUGAAUCAUGCCUUUUUUUUUUAACCAGACUAAACGAUACUUAAUCAGACUUAAUCACAGAAAUUCCACUGUGCAUGAAUAAAUUACCUGCAUGCUCUCCCUCACCUUGAUGAUAUCAUCGAGGUAAUGAUGCAGUGAGUUAGGGUAUGUCUCUUGGUCACUGUCUGGCUAUAAAUACAGGGCUUACUCAUUUUAAGUAAUCAACUAGCUGGGGACUGGUGAUUUUAGGCUUAAUUGAAUGUAAAUUUGACUCAUCUGUGUGUUAAAGAUGCAACAUUGUGUACUGUAUCAUAAGUCAUUGCUUUGUAUUCGUCACAGCAUUGUUUGAACGGUAAAUGGUAAAUCACUGCAACAAUACAAUGAGACUUUGAAUUUGUUCUGUGGAAUAUUAUGCAACUUCCUUGUCGAGUUGAAUCUAUCAUGAAUCAAUUUGGGAACACAUCUGAGGAAAACCCUCGUCGGGUAUUAUAGAUUAUCAAGACUGAUGCAUACUGAUAUACUGAAUACACAACCUAUCUGGCUCUGCAAAUGUCACAUCUGUACAACUGACAAUGUGUGUCUACAAGUAUGAAAACACUGCAAAUACAAAGACAGAGUAAAGACAGCAACACGUGUCUUAAGGUCACAUAUAGUAUGACAUACUACUUUGUCAUUCAGUUGUAGAGAUUUGACCUGAGCAGAGCUGUAUGUUCACAGUAUAUUUCAUUUGUUUGUCUGUGACUUCAUUGUUCAUUCAACACAUAUGCUUCAUUCUUGUUUUCACUUUUGUAUCCACCUUAAAAGGUCCCAUAUUCUAAAAUGUGAGAUGUUUUUUUUAAUUAAAAAAGCAGGUCAAAGUGCUAUAUAAAUACUGUGAAAGUAUCAAAACGCUCAAUCCACAGAGAAAUCCACACAGCCUGUAUUCAGAAACUGUGCCUUUAAACGAGCUGUCAGGACUUCCGUACAGUUCAGAUAUCACAACCGUAAUAUAUAUAUAUAGAAAGCUGCUACAGUGCCGUUACAGUCAUUCCCCGGCUGCAAUGACGGUGCAGAGAGCACAGAUGCACAAGACCCAGAAAUGCUGACCAAUCAGAGCAGACUGGACUUUUUUGGGAGGGGGGCUUAAACAGAGUCACCCUCUGUAUACAGGUAUAUUCAGACAGACAGUAUGAGAAAAAUAAUGUUUAUUUGAACAUUAAAGCAUGUAAACAAAAACCUGAAAAUGAGCAUGAUAUGGUCCCUUUAAAUGCUAAAUGGUGUUUUGUUUCAAAUAGAAAUAGGUAACGUUUGUUAUUAUAUGACUACUAUAUGCUACUAAAAAGGAGUUAUAAUAAUUUCAGGGUUUAUGACCCCAUAAAACAGUUAAAUAGAAGGGAUUAUGGAUGCAAACAUCUUCUGAAUUGUUAUGAGUUGUAGAUAUAUACAUUCACAGAAUGUGUUCCUAUAACUAUGGUCCUAAUAUUUGUCCCAACAGUUGAUAUUUAUUAUAAGUGUCCCAAUAAAUGCUGUAAAUAUAUUGCCCUCAACCAUCACUCAGUUGAGUGAAGUUGUCAUUUUUGUAACAGAAAUGUUUAACAGAGCAGGGAUCACAUUGAGAGACUGACACCUUUUAUAACUCAUUUUUACAGGUGGUACUGUGCAAAUACUUGUCUUGUAUUUUAUGUGUUUUUACUACUGCUGUAUUAUGUGAAUGUAUAAAUAUAUAUUUUUUAUCUUUGGGAACAUU